AUGACAAAGAAAGCCGACGGAGCUGGGGACAUCCGCUGCUAUGUGUACCUGCUUCAAGAUGCUCAGCUAAACAUCUUAGAUGAUGCAUUUAGGGUGUUGAAAAGUGGAAAGACGACAAAAAGUUGUCGAGUUUUCUUGGAUAAAAAGAAACAGCGGCGUGUCAAACACAAAUGCCCCCAUGGUAGGCGGAGGGGCCAGUGCAAGGAGUGCAAGGGCAGUCAGAUUUGCCACCAUGAAAAGGUGAGGGCCUAUUGUAAGGAGUGUAAGGGCAGUCAGAUUUGCGAGCAUGAGGGACGGAGGGCUUGCUGCAAGGACUGUAAGGGCAGUCAGAUUUGGGAGCAUGAAAGGGUGAGGUCUCAAUGUAAAGAAUGCAAGGGUAGUCAAAUCUGCCACCAUGAAAAAAGGAGAUCCCAGUGCAAAGAGUGUAAAGGCAGUCAGAUUUGCCCUCAUGAGAAAUUGAAGUAUCGCUGCAAAGAAUGCAAGGGCAGUCAGAUUUGCAAGCAUGAAAAAAGGAGGUCUCAAUCGUUGAGUAUUAGUGACAUAAUUCGUAUUUAUCGUAAGGGCAAAUUCGAGUCAAUAUGGAAGGAACCAAGAGCUGCCCGAAUUGUAAAAAAGUGUUAA